CGCGUGCCUGAUGCCUGAUUGAGUUGCUACCAAAACAAACACGAUGGGCAUUUAAAAAUGGACGGCUCUGCAUGUUUUUCUUCCACAUAGUCCAGCAGUGCAAUGAUUUACUUCUGUCCGUCGUCGAAGUAGCAUUUUUAGUACUGCUUUUCUAUUUAAAGGCCCCAGAUCAACCAAAGGCAAAAUAUUCGUCAGUUCCCGCAGCCAAGAUAUUAAUAUGCGAGCAGUAUGGGUACAAAAGCACCAACCAAGCAGACAGCUGCUGAUGUGGCCUCUGACGAGCCUGACGGCCGGCGACAGCUGCGGCCGCGCGCCUGUCCCAACUGCCAGGCGCGCUUUUCAUCGCCCCAAGAGUUGGAGAGCCACAAAUGUCCAGCCGUGACACCUCCAGCAGCACCCGAGUCCCCUCGGCGCCGCAAGACCCGCUCGAUGCGCACCGAGGGCACUCCAGCCAAAGCCCACCAGUGCGGCCGCUGCGAAAAGGCCUUCAGCAGCCCCGGGAAGCUCUUCCAGCACAUGUACUCGCACACAGGCGAGCGACCGUUCGCCUGCAACGAGUGCUCCAAGGCGUUCUCCUCCAAGUUCAAACUGAUGCGCCACUUGCUGAUCCACACCACCGAGCGCAAACACCAGUGCCAGUUCUGCGAGCGUAGUUUUCAUCGAAAGGACCACCUCAAAAAUCACUCAAAGGUCCACAACCCUGACAAGAAGGUGUACAGAUGUGACAAAGAGGGCUGCCGGAAAGAGUACAACUCGGUGCUGAGCUACCGCAAGCACAUGGCUGUGCAUGCGGCCGAGGAGGGUGGGCUGGAGUGCGCCAUGUGCGGUCGGUCUUUUGCUACCCGCGAGGAGAUUCUCUACCACCUGAAGGUCCACGCAGGCUCGCGGACCGUCAAGAGCCCGAGCGAAAAGAAGUUCCAGUGCGAGCAUUGCGAGCGGCGCUUCUUCACCCGCAAGGAUGUCAAGCGGCACCUGGUCGUCCACACUGGCAAGCGGGACUUCCUCUGUCAGUUCUGCCCGCAGCGGUUUGGCCGGAAGGAUCACCUGGUUCGGCACAUCAAGAAGAGCCACGCAGGCCGAAAACCAAAGCGAGAAACCGAGCCAUCAACGCAGCCGCCGGAGCCUCCUGACUGGAACCAGCCGGGUCCUUCUGGCAUGCAGAGCCGGCGACGGCCUCGAAAGGAGGAAGAAACGCCUCAGCCAGACCAGCCACAACCUCAGCCCAGCCAGCCGCAGCAACAGCCGUCGAGCCAGCAGCAGCAGCAGUACGCAUAUUAUCCAGAGCUGGGCAUCAAGAUGGAGGAGGAUGACGGCGUCGAGGACCUCUUCCGACUAGCCGAGCCAAACCAGGGCCUUGAGGACCCACUUACCCUGAUCGAGAGUCUCAGCGUGGAUGAAAGCAGCCGGCUCGUACUCAUGGAGAAUCAGCCAAGGCCGUUACCCGGCUUCAGCCAGGUGUUCCAGCCGCAAGAGCCACCACCUCCGAACCCCCCUCAGUAGCAGAGGUGACAUUCCCAGAGCCACAAAACGGUUUUUGUUCAAAGCUUUCGAUGCAUUUUAGGGCUUAGGCUCAAUUUCACGCCAAAACGUCUACACAAUUUAAAAGCCGCAACAACCUGAUCUUUUUCCAAUUGUUGAUUUUUAUCUCAAAAAAAGACCAUAAUUAUGCUAAAUUCCAAGAGCUAAUUUUAAUUUUAAAUCUGCUCUUGAACCAAUUAUUGUGAGUUGGUUAUUUUUCUUUCAAAUAGGUUUCUUGGUCCAUAAUGUUUUCACUUUGUGCCAUGAUGAAAAAAAACCGUGCUCUUUAAAGGAGAUUUUGGCCGCAACGAUUUUUUAAUUAAAUUGCAUUUUUUCUUCUCAAAUUUUCAAGUGCGAAGGUUAAAUAUUAAUUAAAAUCUUUGAAGUUAAAUCUUUUUCUCUCUAGUUCAAUGAAGAGAAAAUCAGCAAUUUAAAUUAUUGGGUUGAUGGCUUUUAACUAAAUUAUUUGCCAAUAUUUGGCAGAACUUCAUGAUAAUGGUGACACGAGUCGUAACAUCCAAGCAAUGGAAUUAGUGAUGAUUUUUACAAGUCAGAAUUUUCACCGUAACUACCUCAGUCUUGUUCCACAUACAGUAGCAAUAUUAAUUAAUUUUACAAACAAAACCAAAUUGAGCCAAUGCCCUGGUCUUAAGUUCAAAGCGGUCAGAAGACGUGAUAAAAUAAUAAUAUUUUGAGAAUUCGAAGGUGUACGUGUGAGAAUGUGUCUCUCGGGAGACACGGCGUGGCUCUGCGCUGUUGGCCAAAUGCAGUUUGUCAGUUCCUGCUGUCUUUUUAUUUUCAAUUAUUCAAGUAGUCCUUAGUAUUUGAUGAUAAUAUUGAAUAAUGUAUUUUGCGCUGUGUUCAAAUGGUGAUGCGAGGAUAAAUUGUGUUUAUCGGCCUCCAAGAGGUCGCUUUAGUAAUCUACCUCGGCGAGGAUUUGUGUGAGGCGGUCAGCCCCGCGUCGGAGUACAAAAUAAUUAAGUUAUUUUAUAAUGAUAUAAGUUAUAGAAUCGGAGCCGGCCGCCGAACUCAUCUGUACAUAAUUAAUAAACACACAUACACACACAACACAUUUACACUAAACACUCGGUAAAGAAAAAAUUACGAAAAACAGAAAAAUGAUGAUGUGUAACUUUUUGAGAUGAAUCGUAGUAAGAGGCUAAUCUAAUGGGAUAUGUGAUGACGAUACACAACGUGCCUUUACAUUAUUUUUCGAACUCCAUUUGUGAUUAAGCCAUGAAUAUGAACCGCGGGCAGGUAAUUAGCGCGACGCAAUUUCUAGUAUUUUUGUACUUAGAGAGAGCAGGAGGCAAAAUCAAACGAUACAUAAAAUUACACAAGAGAGAAGUGAGAGAGAGUACGGCCCGCGAUUGUGAUGACGAGACGCGAGAAUUAAUCAUGCGAUUGGUAUUUUUGUAUUUGUAAGCCCUCUCUUAUUAAUUAAUAUUUUGAUGGUAAUAAUAAUUCAUUAGCAAUUAGCUACUUUCUAGCGUAAUACACAUUUUUGCAUGCAGCAUUCCUAAUCUUACGGAUGUGUUAGUAGAUGAUCGCGAGUCUUUAUAUUUUUUAAUAAUAGUAACAAUAAUUAUUAACGUGUCGCAGUCAAUUUCUAUAAAAAUAUUCGAAAAUACGACCCGAUUUACAAUUACGACGAAGGAAAACCGAACACGACCCGCAGUAAAAAUCAGCAAUUGUAUUUUUCUAAGCAAAUUAUAUACACAUUUGAAAACGCGUACCUUUUUUGCGAAACGUUUUGUACGAAAAAAAAGUAAUUAAAAUACAAAUUUUCAUUUUCCUGUGCCUCAGCCGCCUAUAUAAUAUUAUACUUUUUGGAAACGUUUACUGAUUAAACAUGAGAUGUCGUGUCUUUGCAGAACGCACGUUAUUUAAAAGUGCGAUGGGAGCGAGUAAUUUACUAAAGCCAAGUUGUUGUUGUCGAAAAUAGCUAAACAGCGUCAACUCUGCAGACUAGCAGACAAAACAUAAAUAUCUAGACCACAAUCAUAAGAGGAAAAUAAUAUUCGUAAAUAAUAAUAAUAAUAAAAUAGUUGUUGACAAGAUCUAAUCUUUGUACCACAACGGUGUUCAUUGGUGUUUAAUCCGAAGUAAUUACGUAACAACUAUAAAAUAAAUAAACAAACGAAGUAGGGAGAAGAAGAAGCAAAUGAAAAGUGAGAGCUGUAGCAAAAAUCGUACAAGGGUUGAAACUAGUCAGUGCGCGUAUUACACUAAACACAAACACACAUGCAUCAAUUACACACUCAUCCAAUAAUUGAUUUUAUUUUAUAGUAAAAAAAUCGAUCUUUCUACAAAAUUCAAUUCUAUACCUUUUUAUAACGAUAUAUGAAAACAAACGUAAUGUACUCCCUUCUGAAAUAUUUAAUCCAAAAUUUUUUGCAUCUCUCUUUACAUCAUACACAACACACACACGCUGUAAUUAAUUGAGUAUAGGUUACUCUAUUACCUUGUAAGCCUAGCCUGUAAGCCUACUUAGCUCGUAAGUAUUGUCUUUGGUCACAGAGGCGAAAAACAACCCAGGUGAUGAUGAACUCUGGUGAUGUUAGUUUUGUAAGUGCAUGCCCAUAUUAUUACUAUGUUGUAAUACAUUUAUACUUAUGAUAGUGCCAAACUUGUGAAACUCGACCGAUUAUAUAGCUGAAAUCAAACUUGUCCAAUUUUUCUAAUACACCAAAAAGUAAACAAGAAAAUGUGCUGAGAAGAAAAAGUGAUAAUUUAUAGGUGGAACUUUUCUUCCCAGACUUGAAGGCCUUACGUUCAACUUGUUGGAAAAAUGUUGAUUUUGUUUCUUGUUAGAAAACUUCUUUGAUUUCUUGGUAUGCUUUCCCUUUUAUGAUUUUCCUUUUGUACUGUGUACGUUCUAACGUAGUAAGAUCUAUACAUACAGAACUCAGUUUGUGAUGGAACGAUAUUUUCAAUAUUUUGCUUAUUAUAAUUUUGGCCAUUUUCCAAAAAUGCACGAAUAUCUGAUUCUCUGAAGCAGCUCUCUGGUGGCCUUCAACGCGAAACCAGCAACCGCACGUUUUGUGAUGACGCAUGAACAAAAGUGUGUGCCUCUUUUUGAAUGUUGUAUUCCGCGUAAAGAAACGAGUAGAUUUUAUUUUCCUCGGCAGACAUGAAACUCUUACACACACACACACAUUCAUAAUACUACUUGAAAAGUAAUUAAACUUAAAAUGGUACACCAGCAACCAACAAAAAAAUUUAAAACAAUGUAUUUCAUUGCCUAGCAGCCUCCAUGAAAAAUAAAUUAUGCUGUAUUUUAUC